UAGCUUUUUCUUUCAGGUCAGAUAUUUAAUUUUAGUAAAAUUUUCAGCAGCCCUCUUAUCCCGUAAUAUUCACGUAAUAAUCAAACUGUAAUAAACGAUCAAAUUAUAUUUUGUGUCAAUUGUUAACUUAAUGCGCGCCCCCUUUAAAUCGCGGGUGCUCGUCAAAAACCGCCUUUUGCCAGCGAGAACACGGUCACUUCCCGCUGGUGACAAGAAAUUCUCAGGUAAAUUAAACUUAAAACGUUUCUUAAUUUAUAUAUACACAUGAAAGACAACUUUCCGUAAGAGAAAUGUAUUUUACUCGUUAACUUUAGACACUUUCUGAACGAUGUACAACGGAAUUCUUGUCGUCUUCAAUCACUUGCAGCUCACGCUCGUCAAAUAACCGCCUUUGCCUGAGCAAAGACGUUCACUUCUGGCUGGUGACAAUUCUGAGACACUCUGAACGAUAAAGUGAUGUAACGUCAGUACAACGAAAUGGAUGUUUCCUCCAAAUCGCUCGUGCUCCUCAAAUAACCCCGCAUUUUGCCUGGGAGAAGACGGUUACCUUCCGCUGGUGACAAGUAAUUCUGAGCAAAUGGAACCAUUUGGUAAUGAUCUUGUACCAGUGCCUUCUGGGUCAUUGGCUACUGGACUGACUAAAGCUGUACUUGUUACCAUCUACAAAGACAAGACAGAAACAUGCAGAAAGAUUUUCCACAUCAGUGAUGCCUCACAGCUUUUGGGAAACUGCUAUUCAGAAUUCCCUGAUCCUGUUAAGUUAGAACGGUUUCUUAAAUAUAACAAAGACUUCAAUGAUUACAUUGACUGUGACAUCACAACAACUGUGCAAGAAUAUGACAAAUUUCAAGUUCAUGUUGCUACAGAAGUCAUCCUACAACUUCAAGUGAUAAAUAUGCAGCCUCCUCAGAAUGAAAAUAUUCAAGCUGAAGACCAUCUGCCAUUAAAGUCAUUCCUGACCAAGAAGGUGCCUGAUAUAAUGACUGAAUAUCAGUGCACUGGUGUUUUAUCUUCGCAAGGAAGGAGAAAGAUCAUCACUAUCUGCGUUGGUGAUCUUGUUGCAAAACAUGGAUUCUACCCCUCAACUGCAGACAAGCUAAGUUUGGCUAAAUCCUUAAUUGGAGUUUUUCCUUCUCUGAGUCUCAGCAUAUUUGGAGAGAAUGAAGGAUACGAACAUCUAUAUGACCCUGUCUCCCAUAAAGGAUUCAUCGAAAUGAAACUUCGGAAUAUGAGGCGGCAUCUUGAAGAGGGACAGCGACGCUAUCAACGAAAACGUAAAGUUCCCUGCAGCGUUUCACCAGGAUCAUCAGGAACUCUGUCAUCGGCUGAUGAAGACCCAAGUGAAUGGUUGAGUGUCAUCAAGAGAAUAAAGCCAUCAUCUGAGAACAUCGCUACCAUCAGAACAGCAAUGGAGAAGACCUUUAACCAUCGCAGGAAUUGGAUUAGCACACAGUCGCCAACAAUUUGUGAAAUUACCCAACAGUACCCACGUUUCAUAGACAUGCCAUUCCUGCUAGAUGCAGAGUUUGCAAAGAUGUUUGAUGGAAAAGGCGAGAUGCUAAUUCGAAGAUGGGAAACAUCAGUUAUUCCAAAACUGAUACGGAUUGCAACUUUGGAGAAGGGUAGUGUAACUUCUCUGGUGGAUCGAAUUCCAAACUCUAAUGAUGAUGAGAAGUGCUACACCAUGCUGCAGGUCCUGACACACUUGCUCCCACCAUCUGCAGGAAGAGGUGCAGUUUCAAGCCGGUGCAGUGUCAGAUCUGCCAUUUCAUAUUUGCUGGACUUUGUACCGUGUGGAACCAGGAUCUGCUCUCUGUGUGACACUGGUGACAAUGCCACAAGAGGCCAGCAACCACAACUGAUCUGCAUUGGAAACUUGACCAGUGAAGCCCAUCAGUUUGUAAUUGCUGCCAAACAUGACAAAGUUGUUAUUCCACUGGAAGAUGAGAGCCUAACCUGUGCCUUGGAUAAGCUGUUUAAAUUCUACUGGGUCUACAAUCUUGUGUAUCCUCCCCAGCUUGCUUCAGUUUUUAUCUUUCUGGAGCAUGUAUAUGACUUGCCAGUGUCUAAAGCUGCAAGACGAUCCAAAGUCUUGGAGCUGAUUAGCAAGCUACAGGCUUUAGCCUAAAUCAGCCAGUCAUGUACUGUUGUCCAAUAUGUAAAAAGCCAGUUAGCUCUCAAAUACGGGGACUAAUCUGGCAUCUUCGUGUCAUUCAUUCCCUAUCUGAUGGACAGGACUACACCAUUUUUUGCAGCCAAAAUGGCUGUCAGCGUUCAUAUCAUAACAUUAACUCCUAUUCUAGACACCUUACAAGAGAGCAUCCACUAGGGAAUAGCUUACAAAACAUGGCUACCCAGGUUUCAGAAAUAGUGUCAGACAGCCCUUUAGAAGACAACCAAAUCCUCAGUGACAACACCCCCAUUAUACCUAAUGAAACAUCAGAUGGUGAGGAGGAUGCCAUUUUGUGUUCCAAGUCUGAGGACCAACUGUCAGUGGCCAGCCAUGCAGCUACAUUUGCUGCAAAGAUGUACUCUUGUUCAAAUAUAACAUUGAGUGAUGUACAAAGAAGUUUAACUUGUACUAAAGAACUUUUGGACAGGACUGUUGACAGCCUUCAGACAUCUACCAGUGCACUGUUUAAAAGUUUGGCUGUUCCAGAUGACAAUGAGGGGUUUAAUUCAUUAAUGAAAGAGUUUGAGAGUG